AUGGCUAACGACGAUCUGAACCAGCUGAUUGCCAAAGAAAUCCUCCCUCAGACAGACAAUUGGCCAGGGACCGAGAAAUUUUUGCUUUCAGUCGUUGACAUCCUACUGAAAUAUAUUCGUGAAGAAAAUGUACGUGAAAAUAAAAUCCUUGAAUUCCAUCAUCCGGCCGAGAUGCUUCAACUUAUCGACCUUACGAUUCCGGAUGAACCACAAAAUUUGCAGACUAUUGUGAAGGCUUGUGAAGAGGUGUUGCGACUUGGUGUGCGCACAGGACAUCCGAGAUUUUUCAAUCAGAUCUCAUGCGGCUUGGAUUUGGUCUCGAUGGCAGGAGAAUGGCUGACGGCGACAGCAAAUACAAACAUGUUCACCUACGAAAUCGCUCCAGUGUAUAUUCUAAUGGAGAAGGAGGUAAUGAAACGAAUGUGGGAAGCUAUCGGUUGGGAACCGGAUACAGCCGAUGGGAUUUUUGCCCCUGGCGGAGCCAUAGCCAACCUUUACGCAUUCAUGGUUGCCAGACACAACCUUUACCCUCGGAGCAAAUAUGUUGGGCUGAAGGAUGUGCCCACACUUUGCGCCUUUUCUAGUGAAGAUAGCCACUACUCGAUCAAAAACGCUGCUGCUGUUUGUGGUAUUGGAACCGAUUUAUGCUUCAGUAUUCCCACAGACAGCGCUGGAAAAAUGAUCCCGGAAGCUUUGGAGACGAAAAUUAGAGAGGCCAAAAAAGAGGGACUUACCCCAAUGUUCGUGUGUUGCACAGCUGGAACUACAGUCUAUGGAGCGUUUGAUCCAAUCGAGAAGGUAGCGGACAUCUGCGAACGACAUAAAAUUUGGUUGCAUGUUGACGCAGCUUGGGGUGGCGGAUUAAUGCUGUCACCGGAAUAUCGCUACAAAUUGGCUGGUGUCGAACGAGCUAACAGUGUCACAUGGAAUCCUCAUAAAUUGAUGGGUGCUUUGCUGCAAUGUUCAGCUUGUUUGUUUAGACAAGAUGGUCUUCUCUUUCAAUGUAAUCAAAUGUCAGCCGACUACCUAUUCAUGCAAGAUAAACCCUACGAUGUCAGCUACGACACCGGUGACAAAGCGAUUCAGUGCGGACGGCAUAACGAUGUGUUCAAAUUGUGGUUAAUGUGGAAGAGUAAGGGAAUGGAAGGGUACAGACAGCAGAUCAACAAUCUAAUGGGUUUAGCCGCCUAUUUUACGCAGAGAAUCAAGGAAACCGAAGGUUACGAGCUAAUUAAUGAGUCGCCUGAAUUCCUCAACAUCUGCUUCUGGUAUGUUCCAAGCAAGAUAAGAAAUAUGGAUCCAGCCGAGAAAAAGGCUAGGUUAGAGAAGAUUGCGCCGAAAAUCAAAGCAAAAAUGAUGGAGCGAGGCACCACGAUGGUAGGAUACCAGCCUGGUCAUCAAAAGCCAAACUUCUUCCGCUUGAUCAUUUCCAACCAAGCGAUCACGCGCGACGAUCUUGACUUCCUCAUCAAAGAAAUUAUUGAUAUCGGAGAGUCUCUAUAA